AAAUCAAGAGAAUGACACGGGAGUAAUUGCAGACUGGCGGAGUAUUAGUGAGGGUUAGAGUUUGUCACGGCCGCGCAAGUGAAGCGUCAUCUAGUGGAUAACACCUUCUCUCCAUUCGUGUUUUCCGGGUGAAACGAUCAAAAUGAGUGUUCCUGUAAGAAACACGCUGAGGGACAACAGCUGGAUCAAAAAGCCUGAUGAGGAGGAUGAAGAUGUCGACCGUGACCCAAACUUCGGUAAAAGCAUUCUCAGCCGAUACAAAUCCAGUGACAGUCCUGGAAGAUACACAGGUGGCACAGAUGAUUUAAUAAGCAGCACAACCACCAGCAAGGUGUCCUCCUACAAAAGCAGCACGAUCACCACUGAUCAGCAAGUCACCAUCACCACCAGCCAGACCCUCAGAUCAUCUUUGAAGUCUCCCACCAAGACUGAGACCUUCUCGGAGAGAGUGCAGUCGUCCAGCAAAGGGCAACAAUAUGCCACCUACUCACCCACCAGGAACAUCAAAGUGACUGAGAUAACUAAAUCCAGUGAUAAUACUGUGGAUGACUCUCUCAUCCCCUCCAUCAAGGGAGGAAGCUCCAUAACAACUGAGACCUACACCUUGAAGAGCAGCAGUGACGGUGCUGAUGAUUUUGACAAAUCCAGCUGGGACGACAGCAAAACGGUGACUGUGACCCGAAGCACCAACGGGGACAGUUUCAAAAGCACGACCUCCACAAGGACAUCGUCGACAGCCGAGGACGAACUGUACGACACCCUGCUGCCGAAAGCUAUCACUUCUUCACCUGUCAGCCCGAGUGUCAGAAGAGACUUCAUCACGGAGAAGCGCAGCAUUCUGGUUGAAAGCCCACCAUCGCCAUCCUUCACCCGGACCACCAGCUACAGCUCUUACUCUGACGAUACUGAUUCCUUCACAAACAGCAGCAAGCCAAGUUCUCUCAUCGAUGACUACACCAGUGAACGCAAGUCCUACUCUUACUCCAGGCCAAGCAGCACGUACGAGUACAGCAGCAUCACCAGUCCCACUGACUACAGCAGUAUGAGCAGCACAACAUACAGGAGCAGGUCAGAAGACACUGACCCUGUCUACUCCAAGUCCUCCACCAGCUCUCUGUAUUCCCCAAGGCCUGUGCUUGAGAAGGACCUGUGCACCACCUGCAGAAAGCCAUUCACAGGUGAUGCCAAGAUCAUUCUGGAAGACAUGAGGAUCAACUGCCAUGCUUCCUGCUUUAAGUGCGAGGUGUGCAACAGAACUCUGGGCCAUCUGAAAGCCGGCGACUCUAUGUGGAUCAGCAACAACAUGGUGCACUGCGAGACCUGCUUUGAGAAGACCCGAGAGAAAUGGAGACGCUGAGCGUUCCUGUUGACAAUGGAGGAAAAGAAUUUGCAAUUAAGGACAAAAAUGAAUCAUUAAUUUUCUAUGUAAUUUUUGGGGUCAUCUGGAUCAAUGUUUUACAAGCAAACACAAGCUUAAUUUGGUGCUUUUGGUCAGUUAGAUUACACUCAUAAUUGCAAACGAUGUGAGCAGAAAUAUGACUUUUAUAUUUGCAUUAUAAGUUGGAUACAACCUUUCUUACAUUCUUUGUAGCCUUCUUGGGAGUCUCAUUUGUGUUCGGGGAUGUUUUAUUGGGCCGGGGCUCUUUUUCUUUGUGCAAUAAAUACCUUUGUUUCUGUUCAUGCAUUUUGCUUUUAUGGCUUUUAUGGUGUGAUGCUUUUGGGAAUAUGUUUAAAGGUUUGAAAAAUCAUGCCUCAUUUCCUCAACAUUCCCUCCAUGGUCCUGCUCUGAAUCUCUGCAUCCAUCAGCUCUAAACACAAGGUACAAAGCUGUGUGCUUUGCCAUGCUGAUGAUGUCAUGUUUUUAAACAUGAAACACUGCAGCUUU